CGGCGGGAUGCAAGCGGUGGUGCCGGUGCCGGUGUGGCUGUGCUGGCUGGGGGCUGCGCUGCUGGCGGCGGGGAGCAGCCUGCCCCGGCUCCGCCUGCCCUACCGCGAGCUUUUGGGCACCAACCGCUCUGUUGUCUUCUUUGGCCACCGGGGCUUCCUGGGUUUCCGCUCCCUCUACCUGGAUGAGUACCGUGACCGGCUCUUCAUUGGGGGCAAGGAUAUGCUCUACUCCCUGCUCCUGGACAGGGCUAGCACAGAUGUCAAGGAGAUCUACUGGCCGCCGCUCCCUGGGCAGACAGAGGAGUGUUUUCGGAAGGGGAAGGACCCAGGGACCGACUGUGCCAACUACAUCCGUGUGCUGCAUCCCUACAACCGGACACACUUGCUGGCCUGUGGGACGGGCGCCUUCCACCCUGUCUGUGCCUUCAUCUACGUGGGGCCCCGUGGCGAGCACACCUUCAGCCUGAACCCUGCCUACGUGGAGACCGGCCGGGGCAGGUGCCCGCAUGAGCCCAGCCGCGCUUUCACCAGCACCGUCAUUGGAGGGGAGCUGUAUGCUGGCCUCACCGCAGAUUUCUUGGGCCGGGAUCCCGGCAUCUUCCGCAGCACGGGGACCCGCUCUGCCCUGCGCACUGAGGUGGACCAGCGCUUGCUCCACGACCCCAAAUUCGUGGCAACCCACUUGAUCCCAGACAACGAUGACCAGGACAAUGACAAAGCCUAUUUCUUCUUCACGGAGAAGGUGGUGGAGGCGGACAGCAAGGAGCUUGCCAUUGUCAGCCGGGUGGCACGCGUCUGCGUGAACGAUGCUGGAGGCCAGAGGGUGUUGGUCAACAAGUGGAGUACCUUCAACAAAGCCCGGCUAGUGUGUUCUGUCCCUGGUCCUGGUGGCAUUGACACCCACUUCGAUGAGCUGGAGGAUGUCUUCUUGCUGAGGACAAAGGAUAGGAAGAACCCAGAGAUCUAUGCCCUCUUCAGCACUGUCAGCCACGUAUUCCAGGGCUCUGCUGUCUGUGUGUACCGCAUGGCUGACAUCCGGGAGGUCUUCAAUGGGCCCUUUGCCCACCGGGACAGCCCCCACCACCAGUGGAGUGCCUACGAGGGCAAGGUGCCUUACCCACGGCCAGGCGUGUGUCCCAGCAAGACCACCAAUCAGCCCCGGAGGCAGUAUGGCACCACCAAGGACUUCCCUGAUGAGGUGCUGCACUUCAUCCGCUCUCACCCCCUCAUGUACAAGCCCGUGUACCCCCGGCACCGCCGGCCCCUCCUAGUGAAGAAGGACCUUCCCCACCGCCUGCACCAGCUCGUGGUGGACAGGGUGGAGGUGGAGGAUGGGCAGCAAGAUGUCCUCUUCCUUGGGACUGAUGCAGGCUUGGUGCUGAAGGUGGUGGUCCUGCAGAAGACAAGCUCAACUACGGCUGAGGAAGUCAUCCUGGAGGAGCUGCAGGUUUUUAAGGUGCCUGUGCCCAUCACCCAGAUGGAGAUCUCUGUCAAACGUCAAAUGCUCUACGUGGGCUCCAGCCUGGGGGUGGCCCAGGUACGGCUGCACCGGUGUGAGACCUACGGCAUGGCCUGUGCCGAGUGCUGCCUGGCCAGGGAUCCCUACUGCACCUGGGAUGGCACUGCCUGCACCCACUACCAGCCCUCUGGCAAGCGCCGCCAUCGCCGCCAGGACAUCCACCAUGGCAACCCUGCACACCAAUGCCUGGACCAGAAUCUGACUGUGGAUGAUUUUGAGAACAUUGAGGAGAAGGUGCUUUACGGGGCGGAGAACAACAGCACCUUCCUGGAGUGCGUGCCCCGAUCCCCACAGGCCAGCGUGCAGUGGUUCGUCCAGAGGCCUCCGGAUGAGCAGAGGGAUGAGGUGAAGACAGAUGAGCGGAUCCUGCAGACAGAGCAAGGGCUGCUCUUCCGCCAGCUGCACCCCCGCGACGCCGGCACCUACUACUGCAAGACCCUGGAGCAUGGCUUCACCCAGACAGUGGCCAAGACAGCCCUGAAGGUGAUCUCCAGCCAGCAGCUGGCACACCCCUUCCCCCGGCAGCGGGGGGACGAGCCCCUGCGCCUGCCUUGCCCCGAGCCUUGGCUGGCACCGCAGGUCCCCAAAGCCUGGUUCAAGGACAUCAUGUACCUCAUCAGCUCCCAGAACCGGCGGGGAGUGGAGGAGUACUGUGCCCGCCUCUGGUGUGGUGGCCGCCCCCACCACCGCAAGGGCAAGCUGGCCCAGAGCAAGCACAACCUGGCCAGCAUGGACGUGGACAAGAAGGGAAGGGUGGCCAAACCCCACAGCGAGAGGAACCGUGUCCCCCGGCAAGCGGCAGCCACUUAGGAGAGGGUGGGGUGGUGGGUGUGGGGUGGCUGUGGGUGAGGAACAGCUCCCUGCACUGCUGGUGGCCCCCAGGGGACUCCUGGAUUGUAGCAGCACCAGCCCUGUCCCUCCAUCCCCCCUGGCUGUGGUGGACGUGAUGCCAGCUCCUGGUCAGGUUUCUGUCACUCUUGGUGGCCACAGGGCCACCUCUGAAAUGGGCAGUGUGGUACGACACAGUGGCCACCUCCUGCUCUUGCUGGGUUCAGGGCCACGGUCACUGGGACAGGCUGGGGCACAGCAGGUGUGGUGUCACCACUGUGCCAUGUCCCCAGGGUCUGGCUGCCUUUCUCUGCAAAUAAAGGGGCCAAGCACGGUGCUCAGGGGAGCAGCUGACAGCUCCAGGCUCUUUCCACACCAGGACGGGGCCUGAGGAAGGUGAUGCCUGCUCCCUUGGGGAACACUGCCCAGCACCUACAAAGCCUCUGUGCACAGGGUGAUCUCCAUCAUCUGCUGUGCCUGAAGAGCUCGAGCUGUGCCACCCACAGCUCCCCCCUUCCCUUCUGUCCCCCUCCCCAGCCACAGAUGGUUUUGGGGCUGGGCAGGGUCGGAAGGAAAGCAAAUGGUUGCAGCAGGUUAGACCCGUUCCUGGGUAAACAUGGGAGAGGCACCAGUGCCACCAUUGAUGCCACUGCUGUCACUGUGCCCAGGCAGGAGCAGGGUGUGUUUCUGGUGGCCCUAUGGGGCUGGGGGGAAAAGGCUUGUUUGGGGUGGCUUGAUGCUGGCUGGUGGGGCUAAGGCAGCCCCCACAGCCUCCCCCAAGUGCAGGGGCUGGGGGGUGGGUGCUUGGAGAGAUCCUGCAGGCUGCUGGCACUGUCCCAGGCUGCCAGCAAGGUGCUCACUUUGCUUUCCUCACCCAACAUGAGCUCACUCACCUCCCCCAGUCAGGGUCAGCCUGGGGUGAUAAGGAUCUCCCCCUUCCUGAGGCAAGGCAGCCCCGCACAAUGGUGUGAACCACAGCCCUGCCGGCACGGGCAUUGUUUGGAGGCAGAGGAAAGGGAAAGAAAAAUAAUAAUAAUAAUAAUAAUUAAACUCCCUAAAUAGC